AUGGAGUACUACUCGUCGUUAGAUGCUUCCCAGCUCGACUCGGAAAGACCAACGCUAUUCGAGCUAAUAUCAGCGAACCAACUCGAGUCGCUUCUCUCGCCGUCAUUGCGAUAUAUCCUCGUUCAUUAUGCCGGCAGGUAUCCUCGGUACUUGCUCAAAAUCAACAACUACUUCGAUGAGAUCAAUUUGCUAUUGCGAAGCUUUAUUGAAUGGUAUUUCUUGACUUACUGGCAAGGCUCCUUCACCGAGAACUUCUACGGGUUGAAGCGGGUGAACCAAACUCCGCUUUCUGAGGGAAACUUCAAUAGUGGCAAAUUGACGCAGUUGGUCCCCGCGAUGAUUGAAGAGGGAAGACAACUCACGGGUGUGCAGAAGCUCGUUUCUCUUUUCGAAGUUACCGGUGUCACAUUUUUGUCGGAAAAAUUGCAGUACUGCUACGAUGUGUGGCACACCAAAUACAUCACCAACCAAUUGAAUCCGCACGCGUCGUUGACCAGGAAGGAAAACAUUAUAAUCCAGAUUAAGCGGAAAUUCGUGGAACUAUACCCCUAUGUUCAAAGUGCUUACCGGUUGGCGAACUUUGUAACCACGUUGAUGUACUUGAGCGGUGCUUCCAAGUCUCCGACUCUAUUGACAUUUCUUUUCAAGAUGAACUAUAGUCGAUUGAAUCAGUACGACUACGAUAAGAACGAGCCGGAUCAGAAACUAAAAGACCACGAGAAACAAAAUAAAAUUGCACCUCCCACGACAGUUGAAUUUGUGCUUGAUUUGCUCAGUAGGAGAGUUCAGCACCCGCUUUGGAAAGCAACCAAGCUCGUCUUGGGCACCUUCUUCCCCGUGGCGAUUUUCUCGUUAAAGUUUCUCGAGUGGUGGAACAACUCGGAUUUCUCCAAGAAGCUCUUGAAGAAUCAAGGCACCGCUCUUACAUUCACCUUGCCGCCUCCAUCCUCAUUAACCAGAGCACUUCGCCAGCAAAGAGCUCGUGCCCACGAGGACAAGCACAAACGCAACAAGAAGCCUUACAAAUCAGGUAAAGUUUGUCCCUUGUGCAAAAAGGAAAUCACGAAUCCCGCCAUCAUUGAAACCGGGUACGUGUUCGACUACUCGUGCAUAUACAACUACUUGGAAAAGUCACACAUCAUCGUGUCCAAGAAAGCCCAACUGAAGAAGGAGGAAGAGAAUGACAGCGAAGAAAGCGAGACGUCUGAUAUUGAAGACUCUGAUGAGAAGAAAGAGCAUAAAGUCGAGAAAAAGGAGGUGGUUGAUGAGACAAUAAUUGACAUCAACAAAGGUGGAAGGUGUCCCAUCACGGGGAGAAAACUCUUGGGGUGCAAGUGGAACCCACUUACAAAUGAAUGGCAGAUUGAAGGGAUACGCAGGCUCAUCUUCUAG